UAUGUAGCAGUCAGUCUUUGCAUUGUUGUUUGAAUCUUGUUGUCCGAAGUUGUUGUGAGGUUAAAGCGAAUUCAUCCGAUCACUUGUAAUGGCGGAGACGAGGUCGGAUAAAGGUAGUGCAAGUCUCUUCUCUCCUUUCAAGAUGGGAAAGUUCAAGCUCUCUCACAGGGUGGUGCUGGCACCAAUGACUAGAUGCAGAGCACUGAAUGAGAUUCCAGGGGAAGCCCUAGUUGAGUAUUACGUUCAGCGAUCAACAGCCGGUGGAUUUCUCAUCACUGAAGGGACUUUGAUCUCUCCCACAGCCGCCGGGUAUUUUCUUUUCUUUUUCAAAAGGGGGUGGCUCUUUCUUUCUUUAAGGUCUCUUUCUGGCAGAGUUUAUUUCCUUUUCACAAAGAGCUUAAAAACAAUUUUAUAUAAUGUUUUAGGUCUUGUUUGGUUUGUCUUUCUCAAAAAAUUUUGGGAAUAAUUUUUUACAAAUAAGUUU